GCGUCCGCGGUGAUGUUGGGUUCCAUGGCUGGGACAACUAGCUCAGUGCAAGGGACCCUGGCCCAUGCAGACUCCGCUGCUCCUACAAGUUCUGCUACCAUUUCAACUGGUUGUGCUUAUUGGCUUCUUGUACUGUCUCUAUAUUAGAAGACUGUAGCCACAGUGUUUUCUAGUUUGUUGUUCUCCUGCCUGAUCAACUUCUUCGCUCACAUAUAUUGCUGUACGAAAUGUGAACCUGAACGGAAAUUUUGUUGUCUUUAAUGUUGCGUCUUUAUCUUGUCAUCUCGCUGUGAAGAAAGGCAGAUUACCUGGUCGCUUGAAAGGACGUUAAAUUGUGCGAGUUUGCCCCUCUCCAUGAGGCGUCGGGACGACAAGCGUCGGUGAUAGCGGGCGGGCUGGCUCUCGGAUCUGCUGGCGAUGGUCGGUGCUGGGGACGGGGAGUUGAGAGCGCUCGCCCCGUCACUGCAGCACUCCGCCAUGACAGCACUACUACCAACAUGAAUCCAAGAUGGCCACCGGGCGCUGCCCGCACUACCUGUUCCUCCACUCCACAUUGCUCCCCGACGUCGCCACUACUCGGAGGAUGGUGAUAUGUAUUACCAUGCUGCCCAAGAUGGCACUCAACCUAUGAUCAUACCCAGUGAUCACGACAGACACGCGGUGGAAAUACUCUUCACCCUGGAGACUCUAACGCAAGCUGGUAUCAUUUUCAUCAUGGCGGUAGCCAUCAUCUUGACCAAUGUUCUCAUCAUAGCCACCUUCCUCAACUAUCGCGGCCCCUCGGAAGUGAUCAACAUCUACCUGUUGUCGCUGGCCGUGGCCGAUCUCAUGUGCGGCAUGUUGGUGGUCUCGCUGUCUGUGUACUCAGCUAUCGUGCAGCAGUGGGUGUAUGGUGACGUGGUGUGUCGCCUGGUAGGCUACCUGGAAGUCACCCUGUGGAGCGUCAGUGUAUUCACCUUCAUGUGGAUUAGCGUAGAUCGCUACCUGGCCAUCCGCAAGCCACUGCGCUACGAAACGGUGCAAACUAAGACGCGGUGUCAGUGUUGGAUGGCCUUCACGUGGAUCUCAGCGGCCAUGUUGUGCUGUCCGCCUCUCCUCGGCUUCAACAAGCCGGUAUUUGAUCGCGAUGCAUAUAUCUGUAUGCUCGACUGGGGGAAUAUGGCCGCUUAUUCCGUGACUGUAGCCAUUCUGGUGCUUGGCCCAAGCCUCAUCACCAUCAUCUACACCUAUUUCUAUAUCUUCUCCAUGAUGCGCAAACUUCGCAGCGGGGUUCCUAUUCACGAUAAAGAGUAUGCUACAGCACUCUCGGAAAACCUCUCUAAUCCUAGUCACCUCAUGUCUUUCGUACUGGUCGUCGCUUUCUGGUUAUCGUGGACGCCCUAUGCAGGCGUGAAACUCUACGAAUAUUUCACAGGAACAAAGUUCCAAAUACCUUUCCUGCAUUUCGGUAUUGUUUGGUUAGGAAUUCUCAAUUCAUUCUGGAAAGGGAUAAUUCUUGUUGCGCUGAGCCCUCAGUUCAGACUUGCGCUCCGGAUAUUCUGCCUAACGUUAUGCUGUCGCUACAAAGGGCGUCUCCAGGGGGAGCUCAUUGGAAUGGACCCAGAUGACUGAGACGUGCUUAUAAUGUGCCCCAUUGCAGGAUAGUUUGAGGCACAAUGAUACACGCAGAGUGGCAACUGUCCUGGGGACCGAACCUAGCAGAAUCUGAUUAACCUAGGUCAACUACACACAUUUGCACUACAUGGUACAUGGUAUGGGCAACAGUAAGUCAUGUGUAUCUUUGCUGAUGUAUAUAGAUAAACUAGAGGUCAGCAGCCUUUUAAAUGAAUAUAAAACAUUUGCUUUUGAUAAGGAAAUGUAUAAUGUUGCAUAAAAGUAAUAACCCAGUGUAACUGUAGGAUUUUAUAGCAAAGUUUUUGGAUAAAAACUUCAUAGGAACACAAGGACAAUUGCAGUAUCUCAGUUCCUUAUGGAUUUAGUUCAGUAGAAUUCAGUCUGUGAUAGCUUGUGGCCUACACAUAGCUGUACCAGGUGCCAUGCUGCAAAGGUACGUUAUUGGCCCCAGAUUUCUGAUGUGCCUUCCUUCAAGAUAAUUGCUACUCUGUUUUGAUAUCCAAUAAGAACUACUUGUGUGCCUUAGGAAGGACAUGCCUGGGGAUUGCAUCACCAAACAGAUCUUACAAUGCAAAACAAGGAGGGUUUCUGGUGUGCCUUACUGAAAGAUAGAUUGGAUGUGAUAGAAUGGGGCACAUCAAAAACAGAACUACUAACAAAGUGAAGCAUAUUAUAUGCCCCAGAUGGAAGAGCUCCGGGGCACAGCAAAACUCUCACAGGACAAUUACCCUUCAACUGUCGUAAUCUCUACCCUGUUGUAUAAAAAUAAACAGUUCUUUUUCAACACAACAAUAGAAAGACUUCGGAAAGAGCUUUAAUAUUCAAAAUGAUUGAUUCAAAAAAGGACAAAUCAAAUAGCUCUCAUUUUGUAUAGCAUGUAUAGUAAUGUUUAGUAGAAAGCUGAAUGUGCGUUGGGGUAGUGCAGAACUUAAACAAAAAAUAAUGUACACCAGGAAAACAUUUUAGAAUUAAAGAAACUGCAGGAUCAGUAAGUGGUUAGUGAUAUUUAGUGCACCAUAGCUUUACUACGGUGAAUGCGUUGUACAAAUAAAUGUGUCUAGCGCGUGUGUGUAUGUGAUGUCAUGAAAAUAGUAAUUUCUUUAUCUCGUUGUGCAACCAAUGAUCUUAUAACUUCUCUGUAUAUCUUUGUCUUAUAUAUUUAAGUGCUUUAUAUGUGUCAUGAUUUUUUAAUACUUUAUGUUAAUACCGAUGUACUCUGGUAUUCAUGAAUGGAUACGUUUUCCAUAGCCACAAUCUCAAUUUAAAUUCUCGUAAUGUGUCGAAACUUCACUGUUGGAUAACCUGCAAUGUAACAUGUUAUAACAGAUAGUUAAUGUGCCAUUUGCUUUUAAAAUGUUUUAAUAUACUUAGAAAUUAGUGAAUUUAACAUAACUGAAAUAUUUCUACACUCCAAAAUCAGACUUCUUAUUUCUUGACUUUUAAAUGUGUUGAUUCUUGGAAACAUGAAAGUUAUCUAAAUAUUGUUUAAUAAUUCAUUUCCCACCUCACAGCAAACAUGCUGCAGCUCAAUUACAAAAAAAAAAAACAAUUAGUACUGUUUAAGGAAGUACCAAUUUUCUCGAGCUUACUGUUAUUUUCGCCCUCUUAGAUCUGAAUAUUCUCCUCAGCACCCUGUUCUCAUACACCUCACUUAAUAUUCUUCCCUUAUAAAGAAAUUUCACACACAUUACAAUUAUUUACUUCUCUAAGUAUAAAUAUACAAGAGCUCACAUAACCUUGCAUACUAUUACACAUACUAUAACUUAUACCUACAUGUUUUGAUCUUAAAGCUUAUCACCAGGAUACAGCACAUGUAUUUUAGUGAAACUGUGUUUUUUUAUUCAUCUUAAACUUAAAAUUUAAAUAUACAGGUAUGUAAAAAAACUUGUGUGUAAAUUAUAAAAUUAUUAAAUAUAUUAAUUUGUAGAAGUCACUGUACAGUAAGCAUUGUGCUUUAAAGGUUUAGAUAUUAUAUUAAAGCAUUAAAAUAAUAUAUUAUUAUUUAAAUAUGCAUAUUUAUGUUGGGCAGAAUUUCAAGUAAAAUAUGUGCUUAAAAAUAUCAUGCCAAAUCAACAUUUGGUACACCCAGCUUGUAGUCAACAACACAUUUUAUUUAAUUCUCUUAGUGGGUG